AUGGCGUCUUCCUCGUCUACAAACACCUCUAUUGGUGGCUCAUCUUCUGAUCCCUCAAUAUAUACCAAUUAUGUGAAUGUACAUUUGUCCAUUGACAAGUUAGAUGGCACAAAUUAUGCAACAUGGGCGUCCGACAUCAAACUUUGGUUGAAGAGUCAAGGGUACUUAGAUCAUCUUACUCAAAAUGUGACUACUGCUCCCAUAGAUGACACUUCCCGCUGGAUGAAAAUUGAUGCUCAGUUAUGCAUUGUUAUAAAGUCCACCAUUCACUCCUCACUGAAACAAAUGUUUCGAUCCUAUGAAACAUGUUCAGAAGUAUGGGCACAAGCGAAGUUGUUAUACACAAAUGACACUCAGCGUCUUUAUGGUGUUUGUCAGGACCUAUUAACUGUUAUUGGUUCGCGCAAUCCUGGUCCCAUGGCAGAAUAUUUGGGUAAAAUUCAUGCCCUUCUUCAUGACUUUAAUGAUAUAUUACCUCCUGCUUCUACUCCUGCUGAAGAAUUGGAACAACGAUCAAAGUUCUUCAUGUUGUUGGCAUUAUACGGACUCUCUGAUGAUGUUUCUCAUGUCCGUGAUCAAAUUUUGGGUUCUCCUGUCAUACCCAACUUUACUUCUACUUGUUCUGCUCUUUUGCGUAUACCGAGCAAACCUGUCACUGAGACAUCCCCUCACACUGAUGAUUCCUCUGUUAUGGCUGCUCAACAUGAUGAUCGCAGUCGGUCUCGCAAGCCAAGUAAAGGACGUCCAAAAUGUGACCAUUGUGGCAAGUUAGGCCACAAGAUUGAUAGAUGUUAUGCUCUCCAUGGACGUCCUCCUCGACCUGUAGCAAUGGCAAAUUCUGAUCCACCUCCCCGAUCACCGUCUGCAGACCAUCCUACUUCAUCUAAUAUCGUAGACAAACCUGCAAUCUUUAACGAAUUUCUCAGAUGGUAUGAGGAUCAUCAGCACUCUGGUUCCACUACAUCUGCAUCUGUUGCACGUACAGGACCGGAGUUCGAAACACAUGAUUGGCACAGGAUGUGAGUCUCAUGGCCUUUAUCAUCUCCGCCCUUCUCCACAUGUUGGCGUAGUCAUGGAGUCACCAUCCC